AUGUUAUCAUCAUCAAACUCUUAUAGAAUGAAGCAUGAUCAUAGUCUUCUCUCUUUAUCCAGGACCAGCUCCAGCAAAAUAGCCCCAUCAAAUUACAUCACCUGCACUGCAUUUAUCGUUGACCCCUUUUCCAUCAACGAUAACAAACCCCUUGUCGGAAAAAGUUCUCCUCUAUCAUACAGCCGUUUAUCCAGAACCCGCACUGGAAUCUCCACAUUUAUACGCUCGCUUCUAACCAUCAUAUCAAUCCCUGCAAUCAUUCCCACCUUCCGGUGGCUAAGCUUGCCGACUCAGCUGUCACCAACGCCGUCGCUCGGUCGAAAAGUCACCGGAACUUUGUUUGGAAACCGGAGAGGACAUGUCAGCUUUGCAGUGCAAUAUGACCCACGAUCCGCACCAGUACUGAUCAUUGAACUAUCGAUAUCUACGGCGGCGCUCGUUAAGGAGAUGUCUUCAGGGCUAGUACGGAUCGCGCUUGAGUGCGAGAAAAAACAACACUCCCGGUUGUCUGGUCGUCGGGGAGAGAUCAAGCUGUUCAACGAGCCCACAUGGACGAUGUACUGUAACGGAAGGAAUUGUGGGUACGCGUCGGCAAGGGCAUGCUCGGACUCCGAUUGGUAUGCACUGAGCACGGUGCAGAGCGUCUCUGUGGGAGCUGGUGUUCUACCGGUGUUGGAAGGCGGCAGAAAGAGCAGCGUCGGAGGAAGUUGCGGAGAGUCGGAGGGCGAGUUCCUGUACAUGAGAGCGAGGUUUCAGCGAGUCGUGGGGAGUCGUGACUCGGAAGCUUAUUAUAUGAUGAACAUGGAUGGAAACGGAGGGCCUGAACUCAGUAUAUUUUUACUUAGAGUAUAA